AUGUUCCCUCACCAGGGUGGCCAAGGCCAGCUUCCCGCCCACUGGCAACCGCCCACGGCCCAGCAGCCUCCCAAUGGCGCCUAUGCGCAACCUCCGCAUAUGAGCACCACGCUCCCUCCUCCGCCGCCCCAAGAGCCCCGUCCCGACAUGGCUCAACAUCCUCAGUACCAGCACCAGCAGCCCUACCGCCUGCCAGGCCCCAAUGAGUGGACGCGCGCUCCUCCUCCCCCAGACCCAUACCGCCAGCAGCCUCCUCCACCGCCGCAGUACGUCCAGCAGCACCACCAGCCGCCAGCCCCCCGCCAGCGCACUGCAAUUGCCUGUCGCUACUGCAGACGCCGCAAGAUCCGCUGCUCCGGCUUCGAGGCGACUGAGGACGGCCGCUGCUCCAACUGCAUGAGGUUCAACCAAGACUGCAUCUUCACCCCCGUGUCUGCCCAGACGCAGGCUUUUGUUCCUGCUCACACAGUCUGGCGCGGUGUCGGACAGCCACCGCCCAUGUACGGCGCCUACGGGCAGCCUCUCCCUCCUGCCAGCCACGCCGAGCCAUAUGGCCAGCCGUCGCGCCAGCCGCAUUAUCUGCCCAGCCCCACUGCAGGUCCGUACCCAGCUCAUUCUGACUAUGGUCCGCCUAGUGCUUCUCCAGAUGAGGCGAGCCGUGACGCGCUGGCAGGCAGGAAGAGACUCCACCCAGAGCCUCACACUCCUACCCUGCCCCCGCCGCAUCCUGGCUCGGCGUCACAGGCCCCUCAUCGAGGCACUGGACAAGACUAUGCCUAUCCAGAGCCACCGUCUCUAACAUCGGGCGCUUCAACAGCAUCAACCCCCGCUCCCUACUCCUCUGCGCCUCCCCCCGCCCAACCAUACUACGCUGCUCAGCCUCCGCGUCAAGGCUCCCCACAGAGCGCUUAUCGCUACGAGCCGAGUCGCACCUCGUCCUCGCCACACUCCCAAGCACCAACGACCCCCGGUGCCCCGCCCACACCCUAUUACGCAGCUCCACCGCAGGCCAACGGCGUCUUGCAGCCACCACCCGCACGCACCGAUGGCAGAACCCCACCGCCGCCUACAUCGCAAGCCUCGGCUAGGCCCAGCAUGCGCAUCAAUGAUCUCGUAAGCGAUAAUGGCCCCGCACGCAGCUCGACCGAUUCGUCCAUGCUCAACAUGCUCAACCGCCGCCCCAUGUAA